AUGGCGGAAGGGCUUCCUUAUGUCGAUCAAAGGGAAAACGAAAGUACGGAGAACAGGAAAGCUCCCAUCUAUGAUCAUCCAGUGUUCAGGGAAAUAUCACUGUCCAAUGGAAAAAUAAAUAAGAUGAAGAAGGAUGAAGUCAAGAAGAUACUUAAAGAGCGUGGGCUGGACACACGAGGAGUAAAGGAGGUUCUCCAAAAGCGUCUAAAAAAUCACAUCAAAAAAGAGAAACUAGCUCAAGCUAAGCUGGAACAAAAAAAGAUAAUGAACGAGGUUCAUUUCUACUGUGUCAUAGAUUUUGAAGGAACUUGCGAAGAGAAUAAUCCAGACAACUACAUCCAUGAGAUAAUCGAGUUCCCUGCAGUGCUUCUUGAUGCAGUUACACUAGAAAAGGUGUCUGAAUUUCAUGAGUACUGCAAACCACAAGAUAAACCAGAACUAUCACAGUUCUGCCAGAACCUAACAGGAGUUACCCAGGAAAUUGUGGAUAAUGCUGAUACAUUCUCAGGAGUCCUUGACAACUUUCAUCAAUGGCUUAGAGAUCAUAAACUUGGAUCAGAAUAUAAAUUUGCUGUUGUUACUGAUGGCCCUUAUGAUAUGAAGCGUUUCUUCUCGGGGCAGUGCCAACUCUGUUCCAUUCCCAUACCCAAGUACGCCAGAAAGUGGAUUAAUCUGAGAAAAUUGUACAGAAACUUUUACAAAGUACUAAAUGGGACUCUUGAAGACAUGGUCAAUAAUCUUGGUAUGAAAUUUGAAGGGCGGCCGCACUGUGGGAUGGACGAUGCGCGAAACAUCGCAAGAAUCUUACGAAAGAUGGUCCAAGAUGGCUGCGAAAUAAAAUUUAACGAAAGUCUGUAUGGUAACUCCUGACUUUUGUCAAAGUCGGGACACUGCGAUCAGUUGAAAAAGCCGUGAAAAAGAAGCCCAUCUCCUAGCAUAGAAAGUGUGAUUUUAAAACUUAUAAACGAAUUGAAAAGAACCUCAUAAAUACGGUUUUCCGUGUUCGUAAAGGAAAUCAUUAGAAACAGACAAUGAUUAUUUCAGGAACAGAGUGAAUGAUGCGCGCUUCCUUACUGGCUUAAAUAAGCUUGUCAUUAUUUUAGGAAGGGUGGGGUUCGUGUUAUUUUGAUUUUUC